CUCGUGUCAUCCGAGCUCACCAUGAAAUACACGCGCCGUGAGCUUCUGGGCCUUAGUAUACCGAAAGACGCCAUGUUUAGAAGGAGGGUCGUCGCAUUCGCCGCUCUGGCCCUCAUCCAGAUUGCCAGCGGUCAGGCCUCGCAGUUCAACCUGGCCUCCACUCUGACGGGAGGCAUCACCAGCAGUCGGCACCGCCAGCGGGCCAAUCUCAACUCGCAACUGUAUCCGGGCCUUGCUCAGGUGGGAUCGGGCUACGCGUGUGCAGGAGUACCUGGUUACUUCCCGGGAACUGGUGCCUAUCCCAGCUAUCCCUACCCAGGAGUAUACUUGCAACAGUACCCGGGAUACCCGCAGCCAGCCCAGCUCCCCGCCUAUUUAGUGGUACCCGGAGCGGUGGCCCAGCCCGGAGUUCCUGGUGUAGCUGGCGUGCCUGGAGUUCAAGCCGGAGUUCUGAGAGCAGGUGGACCACUCAGUUUUCACAAACUGCCAUGGGAAGAAAACGAAUGGGAAGAAUUAACCGAAUAGAGGUGUUCCUUAUAGUGUAUAAGGUAACCACCACUAAUUCAAAUUAGUGGAAGAGUGUUGGCAUAUAUUAUAUGUAUACAUUGAUAAAAAAUGAUCGUCUAA